AAUCAGAGAAUAUCAAUGAAAAGUUGAAAAGAGUAAAGAACCAAAUAAAUACGCAAAUGUACAAAAGAAAAAUUGCUUAAUUUUAACGGAGGAUAGUGCUUACGUUAUUUGACAAACUUUCAACAACAAUAAUAUAAAGUAUGUUAUGGCUUCAAGUAGUAGCGAUGAAAGUUCGAAAGCUCCAGAUAAUUUUCAUGUAUCCAGUACUUCCAACGACGAAGACGAUGAGGAACAUGCUAGUAAAUGUAGCAAAUUAAAAGCCAAGCCAAAAAGUAGGGAAGAAAUUGUUAGCUCAGCGCCUACACUAAAAUGUUUAAUCUGUAAGCAACACCAACAAAAAUUUCACUGCCGUGAUUGUGUCAAAAGUGGUUUUAUCACCAGAAAAGGUCUCCCUCAUAGUGAAUGCUUAUCGAACAAACAACAGGAAUAUAUCAAUAUACAGGCUGCUCUGCAGGUGCUCAGUCAACAAUGUGAACGUUUAAUUAAAUGUGAGAAGUCCAACGAAAAUGUAAAAUUCGAAAUAAAACGUCGCAAAGAACAAGUAUCAUUAUUGCAAAGCUUAAUAUCGAAGAAAAAGGGAAAACUUCAAAAGCUCAAGGAACAGCGAAACGAAUUAGCUAAGGCCAAUAGCGACAAAAGUAAAACUUUACCCAAAUAUCCAAUAAAAGUGAAAGAGUUGGAGGACUACGUGCUUGAUCGCAUAGAAAAAAUAAAUAAAUUAAGAGAACGGCAUCAGUCGUUAUUACAAAGAAAAAAAGAGUUUACACGUCGCAACAUACAACAAUUGGUCGAAUAUAUAUUCCCUAUAAGCGAAGUAGUGCUUAAAGAUGAACAAAGCCAACCAAUUUCCAGUGCUGCUGCCGAUAGCGGGGACAAAACUGUUAGUAUAUUAAGUGAAGAAUCGGAAACUAUAGCCGCACUGGCUGAUGCUAAAAAUACUUCAUACAUACGUGGAAAAUGGGUUUUUCAUGGCAGUGGCAUUAGCGAAAUGCAAUAUCGUAUCGUGGCACCGUCGUUACCUGCCAAUGGAGAUUAUACGGCUUAUAUAGAUUGGCUGAAAGACAACAAAGAUGAUAUACCCAAGACAGCCCAUGAAUUUACGCCAAGUCGAGUAAAUGCUUUUCGUAUAGUGGGGGCUCUUACUUAUACUACCCAACUGACUCAUCUAAUAAGUUAUUACCUAAAUGUGAGAUUGCCUUCCCGACUCGCUUAUGGAGAUUUUUGUAAGAAACUAAGUGAGGAGCAGUUCCUACGCAAAGUAUCUCGUCUGAAUUCAAACAUCAUGUAUUUAGCAUACACGCAGCAGGUGCAAUUGCGUGCUCUCAAUGAAAAUCACACUUUGGAAAAUUUACUAAUUCUAUUGGAUCCAGAAAAAAGUGAUCUUGGACGUUACGGUUUUCAAGAAGUGGCAAAUGCACCACUAAUGAAAUCUGUAGACUCCUUGCUCGUAGGCAUCGAAACAGCCACUGAGUCGGAAUCUGAAGAUGAGAAUUCAUUACGUUUAGACUGGGAAGCCGUACCAAGUCUGCCCACACAACAUGAGGUAAUUAAUUCAAACUUAAUGCCUGCUACUGGACAACAACAACAAUCUACAAUUGCUGAAGGCCUAAUGACAUCGGCUGCCAAUCGCAUCAAUUCAAUAUUGCGUUGGAUCAAGUAAACAUUAAACAAAUUACUUGACUGUGAUGUUAUAUUAAUUCUUGGUGUUUCUACUAAAGGAAAGAUAUAAUAAGCUUAUCUUCAUUAUUCUCAAUUAUUUUAAGUAGAUUCCGUCAAUGUAAUUUCGUAAUCUUACUAUAAACAAGUAGUUGGCUAGAUUACUGUUAUUGCCGUUUUGUUUGA